UCCUUCAUUCAAGUGACACCAGAGCUUCCAGGGGAUAUUUGAGGCACCAUCCCUCCCAGCUCCUCAUCAUUCCCAGCUCCAGUUGUACUGACAGUGGAAGGGGCUGACUAAGGAUAGGGCUACAGAGCACAGCAGGCUGAUCUCUCUUCUCAGCCUCUCACUUCAGUAAGACAGGACCAUGUGCAGGGAACUCCUCAGCAGGCUAGUCACACUGGGGCUGGUGUUUGCAAGCCUUGAUGCAGUUUAUGGGACAGAUGCUACUGACCUGCCUGAGAGUAACCAGGAUAGAGACAAGCUGGCUAAUCUGAAAGGAAGGCUCUCCCUGCAGAACACAGCUGAAAUUCAGCAUUGUCUAGUCAACGCUGGAGAUGUUGGGUGUGGAGUCUUUGAAUGCUUCGAGAACAAUUCCUGUGAGAUCCGGGGUCUACAUGAAAUCUGUAUGACCUUCCUGCACAAUGCUGGUAGAUUUGAUGCACAGGGAAAGUCUUUUAUCAAGGAUGCCCUCAAAUGCAAGGCGCAUGGACUGAGACAUAAAUUCAGUUGUAUCAGUCGUAAGUGCCCAGCCAUUAAAGAGAUGGUGUACCAGCUCCAGAAGGAAUGCUAUGCCAAGCAUGACCUCUGCUCCGCUGCCAAGGAAAAUGUCCAAGUUAUUGUGGAGAUGAUUCACUUCAAAGACCUCCUGUUACAUGAACCCUAUGUUGACUUGGUCAACAUUCUGUUGACCUGUGGAGAUGAGGUAAAAGAAGCAAUAACCCGUAGUGUACAAGCCCAGUGUGCCCAGAACUGGGGAAGCCUCUGUCAUGUUCUUAGCUUUUGCACCACUGCCAUUCAAGGAGAUGCGUUAGUAGGGUCAAGUGCCAGCCCUGCAAGAAAGCAAGGAGAUUUAGUAAAAGCAGACUCGGGGAAGUCCUCUCGUAGUCACACUGAUUCUAGCUCUCAAUCUGAUCUGGAAAAAGAUGCCAAAGCCACAAAAAAUGAAAAAAUCAACAAGUUACAACCAAAUAAUCGUGGAAAGACGAGCUUCAAUAAAAUGGUGUUUAGUGCCACAGAGAGCUCUGAUAAACCGGUUGGUCUAACAGAUAUCCGGAGGUGAAAUUGUCCUGUUUCUAGCUUUUUUCCAUUCUCCUUCAUUGAGAAGUUUAUCAUAUCUCCAACUACGGACAUUCCAAGGCAUUUAUAAUACAGGAGGGCAAUGCUUUGCUUGCAGUAUAUUUUCCAGAUUCUGCAGCAUUACCCGAAGCUCCUAUGGAGAAGAUGGAGCAGACAUUCAGAAUUUAUCCUUCCUUCAUUUCACCUGCAGGGAUCGAUAGUUUUAGAUGAAAUAAUGUGUACAAAUAACAAAUGAGGUCGAACAGCUUAAGUAGUUUAACCUCAUUGAAAAGCUAUGGUUACUCUGAUAGAAGUAUAUUUAAGUUGUAUUAGAUAUUUUUUUAUCAAUAAAACCCUCUGAUGUAAAGAAAGCUUUAUAUUAGAGCUAUAUUCCAUAAAUAAGCAUGCCAUACUAUUUCAUUUGGAACCUGUCAACCUAAAAUUCAACUAGGAUCUUAUCACUACAUCUAUCUGUCAUGAAUUCUAUGGACCAUCUGCAUUUUUUUUUUUUUUGCUUAGCCCUCACAGCCCCUUCAAAUUUGUACCUGAUUGUCCCAUCACUGGGACCAUUGCCUUAUCUGCAGGGACCAGACCACCAUUUUCUCGCCCCCCCCCCCCCCCCCCCACCCCCAAUCCCCCACCUACUCCUGAACCGGGCUCCUUGCUUAAAUGGGCAUUUCAUGGAAAGGGUUUUAUUAGAAGAGGUCUUUUGAGUUUUCAAUGUUUGGCUACUAGUAGCUGGCUACUGUCCAGCUACUAGAUACUUUGAUUAACUAGCCUAAUAACCAGUUGUCAUUGUCAAUGGGUAAUCUUUCUUGCAGAGUCCCUGCAAAGCAUUGAAUGUCUUGAUCAACAGAUCACCUCAGCAUGCAUCAUAUAAAAUAAUUAUUUCAUAUUACAAGGAUAUAUUUCUUUAUAUAAUGAACAUUGCUGCCAUGGUGUGUAUGUAUGUGUGUGUUUGUGUGUGUGUGUGUGUGUGUGUGUGUGUGUAUACAUGUAUAUGUAUGUGCCAGCUUAUAUAAGUCUUCAAAUUCACAUGUUAGAAUGGUUAAGACUGAAUGAAGGUGUGGGUGAAGUUAAAUGUGUGUUUACAUGUAUAUCUACUGGUUCAGUCUUUCAUAUUGUAUAUAUUACUUUUUUUCUAUUUAUUGUAUUGUCUUACUUUAUGAACACAAUAAUACAUGCAUAUAUCUACAUACAUGCACGUUGUGCACACACAUUUCUUUCUACACACGAGUACAAACACAGGUCCCCCGGGAGAGAUUUAUUACAAGUGGUGCAAGGAAAACAUGGAGCAGUUACCUGCAGCAA